AGGGCGCUUAAAACGAAAGUAUGGGAAUUCGAGACUUUGGGGCUGUGGCCAGAUUUGGCCAAUGUUUCCUCAUCUUUGUUAACAUCUGGUUCGCUCUUCUAGGUAUAGGAAUGAUCGUGAUCGGAGUUCUCGUACGUGUGAACCGCGGCAUUGCUGACAGCAGAAUUAUACAGAUGCUCCGGCAAGGCGAGCUUGGAGGUCUCAACCUUGGUGAUAUAAUCGUAGCGUUGUCGGCAAUUAUCAUUGUCGUCGGAGUGUUUACUUUGUUGAUGUCUGCCGACGGAGGGUUUGGGGCCUGCUUCAGGAAGAAAGGGCUACUAAUAGUGUAUGUGGUGAUUCUUUUGUUGAUCUUGAUCAUCGAGAUAGCUGCUUUCAUUCUGUGGUGUAAACUGUACUUUGGGACAAACAACUGGUUAAAGCAGCAGUUUGAUAAUUUGCUGCGUUUCUAUAAUGGCAUCCAAGGAGCAACCGAUGUCUACUCAGAUGGAUGGAAUCUGAUGUUCAUUCUGCUGGACUGCUGUGGUUCUUCUCCGGUAUCCACAUUCCGGAACGAUUUUGUGGCCCUGCAGACAUACUGGUGGUCGAACCCUACCCGUUUACAGGAUCAGAUCCCAUUUUCGUGUUGUAAGGAGGCAACUUUACAGAACUACAGGUUUAGUAGAAACCCCCUGUGUACACAGGCUGGACAGCAACAACUCUACAGACCUAGGGGAUGCUAUGGUGCCUUCCGGGAUCUGCUCAACAAUAUUUCUGCUGGUGCAAUCGCGCUCUCUGUGCUACUCAUCAUAACAGAGAUACUAGCGAUAAUUGCAGCCAUCAUGAUGAUCCGUGCCAUCAAUAAAGAGAAACGCGGUUCCUUGGACACAACCAACAGUAAUGUGUACAGGAAAGGCACACACGAAAUAGCGCUUCCAGACUCGAAACCACGAUGAUUUCGUUGCAGCUCACUAUUUACAUUAUCAAAUAAUGAGACGACAGUAAUUUUUGUGAUAAUCGGCUUGAAUAUUACAAAAUUGUUUAUGUGGAAAAGGAAAAACGCAGGACUUUAUGAAUUUCUAUAUGAUUUAUU